AUGCUACAGACUAGUUGAAGUUCAGGGUUUGUUCAAAUUAGAACCCUUGGGAAACACUGAUGCUGAAAUGAUCAACCGUUUGAGGCUAUUUAACUUGGAAUCGCUCGGAGAUGUUAAGGUGGAUUUGUUCGAUACAUUCUCAACAACUUACAGAAAAGUUCUCCUCCAGGGACUCUAUGAAUGCAGUAUUUUCGGCACUUACAUUCCAGGGAGUGAGGUUCCCGAUUGGUUCAGCACUAAGAGCGUAGGACCCUUGAUAUCUAUGCAGAUGGCUCCACUUCCGCUUCCUAAUCUAAGGAUCCUAGGCUUUAAUAUCUGUAUCUUGUAUGCAUACUACACAAUUGAUGGAAGUGCCCAUGAUGUCCGCACCACAUGGUUGAAUGAGUUACACAUUAGAAUCAGUAAUAAAACCAAGAAUCUGAGAUGGUUCUACAGCCCAACGUUUAUGGGCAUGCCCGGAAUUGAUGAUAGUAUGUUGUGGUUAAGUCAUUGGAAGAUUGGGAAUCAGUUGGAAUUGGGCGAUGAAGUGGAUAUUUUAGUGCUUGAGAAAGGAUUUUUUCUGGUACAGGAGGUGGGGUUCGACCUUGUGUAUGAUGAAGAAAAGGCAGAGAGAACUUCAUACAAGAACGUUGAUCCUUGUUGUCAGAGUAUUAUAAGCGGCAUUGAUUUGUCAGAAUAUGAGGUGAAACGGGGUUCGUUUUUCCUCUGCAAUCAUAAUCACAAGUUCCAUAAAUUGUGCUCUUCUGAUGACAGCUGGACUUCAUCGCGUUGGUACAAAAACUUUUUUGGAGACGAAUAG